AUGCACUCGGAAAUACCGUCUUUUAAUAGGUGCUGCUUUUGCGCACCCCUUAGAUAUGGACUCCUCGUGUGGGCCUAUUUGAAACUGGUGUUCAACAUUAUCUUUUUUGCAGGUGCUUUGAUAUGGCUUUCAUUUGUUGCCUUGUUUAUAUUCAUGUCUUCGAAUGCCGUAUACAUUGUUUUAAUGAUAGCGUUCGUGCUGUUAUUCGUCUUCUUUGAUAUAGUCUUUUGCUUUGUACUGAUUGUCGGUGGCCAUAAGAAACACACCACUCUAUUGCGUCUUUACUAUCGGUACGGGAUAGUACAUGCGGUUCUUUUGACGGCUCUUGGAUUUGUGAGCGUUGGGAUUUCCAGUGCCAGUAUCGAAGACAUUCUUCAGAGACCUGAUGAGUGGCAUUACAUCUUAGUCUUGUCAGCCAUCUAUUCCUCGUUUCUAAUCCUUCACGUCUACCUAAUGUUGUUGGUACGCAGUGAGGUUAGGAAGUUGAAAGCGAACGGUGAGUUCCGUUUCGUGAACCAUACCGCAGACCCCACGUGCGCCAUGCAAACCAUCGAUUUCCCGCCAACUGUGAAAAACAAUGGA